AUCUCUGUCCAUUGUCACUCAGGAUUAAGAAAUGUAAUCAGUGGCACUUCACGCUUAACCAUGCAGCCGCUGAAUUAGGGUGAUGGGAGUGAAAUACUCUGCGAGGUGAUAUAUCUGGGGCUGAUCCAACAUCUAUUUUAGUAGGCCAUGGGGUAAAUCUCUGAGAUAUUGCCCUAUGAUCUGGACACUAUAUGGUUUGCCUAAAAUCUACAUAGAUUUAAAUUUAAAAGGACUGACAAACAUCAGUUCCAACAAGGAGACUCUCCCAGUGCUGCCAAAUAUUCUGUCCAAAUGACUGGCCUUUCUUGUGGAGGCUGCAGGCUUCAGGAAGACUCUCAUAUUGUACAGCUCAGCACCCUACCCACCAAGUUCACUUUCAUUUCUGGUCUGGGAAGAUCCUCAAGCUUCUCCCAAGUGUGCUGAGGAGCCCAGUGCAUGUUACACUGCUCAGACUGCCUUGAAUUCAGCUCAGAAACAACUACCAGGUCCAUUUUGUUUGAAAACCCAGGUAGAGGAGAAAAAGGUAGAGUCAUCCCUGGCUGACUACAACUCACCUUCUCCCACUGUCUCUGUAGAAACCACUAAGCCCCUAAUUUCAGGCUUUGUGGCAUCAACCAUGGGGACACGUGUCCCUGCAAUCUGCUGUAGGUGCCAUUCCUUUGCACGACACUUGUGAACCUGAUGGCUAACAGAAAGCCAAGCGCUGAUAUCUCAAACAAAACGGAAAGAUCCUGGAUGGUCCCAUGGUCGGGAUGCAGGAUGUUGAUGCAGGAGUGGCCCUGGUACGAAAGCCUGCGCUAGCUGCAGCUUCAGUUGUGGUGGGAACACCCCCAGUGCUUUCAGCAGUCCUGUGGCUCAGGGCUUGCACUCACAUCCUAUGUGAAGGAUGGGAGCAGCCUGCUGCAUCCCACCACUUGGGGAAAAGCAAAAUCCCUGUUGUUUGGUGAGAAGACUCAGGAGAAAUGAAAUGCAGGCACAAGCACUGAGCUCCUCCUCGAAGGAGCGAUGUGUGAAUGUCAGCAGGAGGAAGGGCUGUUGGACUGGCUGGAAUCAGUUUCCCAAGCAGUCAUGGUCUGAUCAGGAAGUGCCAGAACCUAAACUGAAGGUCUGGCCAGAGUCAGUGGGGAGCAAAUAACUCACUUCUACCGUAGGAGAGAUGCAUUUAAGCCUCCAGGGUUGGUUCCAGCAUCAGCCAAGGCAAGGAGGAUGUGAAUGAAAAGCCUCCCUCAAUCACUCCAAGAGGGGGAGUCUCAAACAUUGCCUGUGUGGUGGGUCUUCAGCACACAAACACUUGGACAGCCAACAGGGAGGAUGCAGAAGUCUAAAUACCGUGUUUGUCACCUCUGGUUCUGGGCUACAGAGGUCAGCUGCCGUCAGGGGAGGUUCUUCUCCAUGAUCACUGUGCUCAGAAGAGUCAGUGCAACCCUUAAUGUUUACUUCUUUCAAGAAAACAGCAGCGGUUCCCUUCUUCCCACCAUGCAGGCUGCAUUUUGCCUCCGCAGCCAUGCUACACGAGCAAUCUCUGCUCGUUGCCCAGCGGCACGGUGCGCUCUAGAGCAGCUGGAAACAUUCUAGAGUCCACGUCCCUGACAUGCGGGGACAGGGACAGGCCAUGUCCCAGACAGGGACAGGCUGCCACAGGGCAGGACAAACAUUCUCUGCUGCAACAGCAGAUGCUUGCAAGUGGUUCCCAGCAGCUGUUACUCUGGGAUGAGAGAUUUCGACUGCUGUUUGAUCCCUGCUGUCAGCCACAGGCUGGGUGUCCACCUUCCAAAGUCUGUUACAAGCCCCAUCCCUGGUGAGCAGGUGGUGUGUGCGCCCUGGUCCCUGCCUUGGUGCCGACACCUCCAACCCCGCGCCACACUGAGGACGUGGUGGCUGGGUUCAUUCUGCUGACGGCAGAGGCUGCUGGGCGUGAUGGAGACCAGGCUGCCAAGAGCUGUACUUCUCCUCUGCAUGGUAGAUGUGCUCCACUCUUUUGCGAUUGAGGAGAAAGAAGAUAUAUUCAAGCAAAUGGUUUGUCCUGCUUUCCUGAUGUUUGACAACGCCGCUUACCUGGCCGACAUGACCUUUGAGCUCCCUUGCAAUUGCAAGCCCGAGGAGGUCUCUAACGUCGUCUGGUACUUCCAGAAGACCAUGGGAAGCAAGGAAACCACGGUCCUGACGGACUUUGCUGGCAACGUGGUUCUUGACUCGGGCCAUAUCCACGUGGGCAGCAACGUGCUGAAGCGUUUCAGCAUCCGGAUGUUCAGUCUCAUCGUCUUCCGGGCCCAAGUGACGGACUCGGGCCUCUACCUGUGCGGCACUAAAGGGGACUUCUUCUACGGCUACGACGUGGACGUGCAGCCAACCAAGCAGAUCACGGUGGCUUUUGUGGACAGAGGCGAGCACGUCCAGGACGACUACACAGGGAAGCUCUUCAGCCUCUUCACCACCUUCUGGGACUGGACCAAAUGCAACCGCUGCGGUGUGAGGGGCGAGCAGCGGCGGAUCGGGCUGUGCUACAUGUGGAGCGCCAAGCUGCACCCCCGCUACCGCACUGCCCUGCCCAACGUCACCUCCUGCGGCUCCAGGGCCGUCUCCAUGCGUCUUCAGCGCCACGGCCGCCGCUGGAGGCCCGAGGUGGCCAUCCGAAGCUGCCUGUCCCCCUGCGUGAAGGAGCAGGACCCCCAGGAAGGGGUGCAGGCCAUCUCCAACGUAAUUUACAAGCUGGGCCAGAAGCCCUGGCUGCCCCACGUCCCCACGCAGUUCCACAAGCAUCCAGUAGGAAGAGAUCUGAUCAUCGCCUGCCCAGGAGCCCGGCCCGAGCACGCCGUGGCCUGGGACAAGGACUCUGUCCGGCUCUACCUCUCCCACUUCCUCGUGGGUGUCAACCAGAGCAUGCGGGUCUUCAUCGACCACGGAAACCACCUGCACAUCCAGCGGGUCCAGUUCAGUGACGGAGGCACCUACUUCUGCUGGCGGGAGGGCCAGCUGGUGGCCGGCUUCCGGCUCAGCGUGGGCCACCAGCGCCAGCGCAGGCGGACACUCGACGAACCCGAGACAAUCUAUGCCAUCAAGGCCAUCAGCACGAGCUACGUCCUCAUCAGCGCCAUCUUCGUCAGCAUCCACGUGUGCCGCUGCUGCUGGCAGGUGUUCAGGUGUCCCGUGAGGAAGUAGCGUCCCCACGCAGCCCCAACAGGUCACUCCUACACCUCUGACCAUUAUUUCAUGAGAAAUUUAUAAUGUUUUGACCAUUAGAAAUAAAUGGGAUCGAAAUGCUGCCAACACCCGCUCAUCCUCCAUUUUGGGUCGAGAGCGCAGCAGUGAGGACUGAGAUGGAAAAGUCCCUGUGCUGCUAGGUGGUACGGCUUGGUGGGACAGGAGGGGAUUUCACACCACCAUGGGCUGUUCCUGGCCCCUUAUGCAGGUUUGCAGUAGGCUUUUAAGCUCAAUAUAAUCCUUUUUGAAUAAAUACUUGGAGUUGUUGCAGUAUUUUCUUGCCAAGCACUACAGAGUUCUCAAUCC